AUGGAGCGAGUUUUCGUUUUGGCUUUCGUCUUGCUUCUCGCUACCGUAUCGGCUGAUAACCCCGUUAGAACUCCAAUUCGACAGGGGAACAAGAAAGUACACGUCCGACGCUUCGCUAAGAUCCCUAAUAAUGCAAGCGGUCGACCUUCCAAACUUCAAUCCUUAACAUUCAGGGGUGACAGUUUGUACGUUUGCACUGGCACAAGUGGCGGGCUCAUAUACAAAGUCUCCAUGAGAGGGGAAGUUUCACUGUUCUUUGACGUGAACCGCGCGAUGCGUGAGGCGAAAGGACGUGAGAUGGAUUUCACCAGUGCCCACGGCGGCUUGCGGAGUGUCGCCUUCCAUCCGAACUUCAACAGGAAUGGAUUCCUGUACACGAGUUUGAUGGAGAGAAGAAAAGAAUCACCUUCGAAAUUCAGGUAUUUCUCCAGGACCUCGAAACUUAUUCGCGCAGACAGUGUGCUUCUAGAGUGGAAGUACAGUUUCAAGGACAAAAAGGUGCUCUCCAGCAGCUACAGGGAAGUGCUUCGAGUUGGGAUGCCCGUAUAUGACCAUCCAAUCAAGCAAUUAGCAUUCAAGGGGCCGUUCUUGUAUAUUUCUCACGGCGACGGCUCAGUGCAAUCGGCUAUUGCUGGGGGUGGCCAGAAAGACGACGCUCUUGGAAAGAUUCUUCGCAUCAAUCCCGUGCGAAAAGGAGCUCAACCCUACACAGUUCCCCGUAGCAACCCAUUUAGGAACAGUGCGAAGUAUAAGAAUGAACUUUGGGCAGUUGGCUUCCGAAAUCCACACAAUAUAUGUUUCAGCAAGCGAGGAGAAUUGUUUGUAACAGAUGCGGGACGGGACAAUGUCGAGGAAAUAAAUAUCGUGAAAAGCGGAGGGAACUAUGGUUGGUCUCUCCGAGAAGGGCCGUUUGUACACAAGGCAUCUGGCGGAUUAGUGAAUGGGGUGGGACCAUUGCCUAGGGAUGAUGCCAAGUACGGCUACAUCUACCCGAAUGUUAUCGUCGGGCACGAGGGAAAUCGAGGGGCGGGAUUUGUUGGUCAAGCUCUCGCUGGUAGUUGCCCAGUUGAAAACGGCUCGCCUCUGUCAGGCACAUUCCUAUAUGCAAAUUUUCCUUCCGAUGGGACCCUUUAUUACUCACUGUUGUCGGACAUGAGGAGGGCCAGAACAACUGGACCACCAAACAGUUUAACGCAAGCACCAACUUAUAAGGCGAAGAUCUAUUUUGAUCAUGACGAUAACGAGAGGACACGGCCACUGGUAUUGAACAAUUUGCGAGACGUCAUCAGGAGAGAGCCUGGAUUGGGUGGUGCGGAGAGAGCAGAUGUUCGGUUUGGGCGAGGUCCGGGCGGUGAGAUUUAUUUUACGAGUAAGGCAAGCGGUGGAGUUUAUCUCAUUACAUCUACCAAAAACUGA